AUGGUUCGCAUCGCGCCGUUCGCUGUCGAGCAGUACAUGGGCGAGUAUGAAAACACCCCAGGAGUCAUCAACAUUGCCGAGUCUUGCGCCGACUCCGUUGCCAUUAACGAUCUCAUCCAACUUUCUAAGGACCCUCAGCGUAGUCCAAUUGACUUCGGAUUGAAACUCACGUAUGGCUCCGUGCCUGGCUCCCAAGAGCUCCGUGAGCUUGUGGCUGCUCACUGCAGUCAUGGACCAACGCAGCUGUCGGCGGAAGACAUCAUCAUUUCCCAAGGAGCUAUUGGAGCAAACUUCCUAGCACUCUAUACAUUGAUUCACCCCGGUGAUCAUGUAAUCUGUAUGUACCCGGCGUACCAACAGCUAUACGAUGUGCCACGAAGCGUUGGCGCUGAGGUGUCCUUCUGGAGACUGCGUGAGGAUGAGGGCUUUGCCUAUAACAUACAGGAUCUCAGGGCUUUGAUCAAGGACAAUACGAAGAUGAUCAUCAUAAACAAUCCAAACAGCCCGACCGGAAUUGUCAUUCCUACCGAGGGCCUUGAGCAAAUCGCUGAAAUAGCAAAAGAAAACGGCAUUAUCCUGUUCUCUGAUGAAGUCUAUCGCCCGCUCUUCCACGGAGGAACAUCAGAGCAGAUCGACAUUCCUGUGCCUGCCACAGCACUUUCUUAUGAAAAAACCGUUGUCACUGGUUCAAUGUCGAAAGGCUUCGCCCUCGCUGGCAUUCGCAUCGGAUGGAUCGCAACCAGAGAUAGGACCAUUAUGGCAGCUAUUGCAUCAGCACGUGAUUAUACAACUAUCACUGUCUCCCAGCUAGACGACCAGGUCGCAAGCUAUGCCUUAUCACCUGCGACACAGCCUUCGCUUGUUGAGCGUAAUAUCUCACUAGCGAGGAAUAAUAUCAAGAUCCUGAGGGAUUUCGUGGAGAAGCAUAAGAGCGUCUGCCAUUGGGCCGAGCCUAAGGCGGGCACGACGGCAUUCAUUCGAUUCAGCAAGGGUGGAGAGCCUGUGGAUGACUUCAAGUUCUGCCAGGACGUCUUAAGCAAGACCCACGUGUACUUCUGCCCUGGGUCAUACUGCUUCGGUGGUGGUGACGAUUUCAAGGGCUAUGUUAGGAUUGGAGAACUUCUAGCAGUUAAAGUUAGUAGUAGUAAGUUUUAUCUUACUGUAGUUACUCACGGAGGCUACAACUUCGUCCCCUGCCCCAACAGCAAGAACCUGAAGAAGACUUCUUGGUCUGUGUGGGUCUACAAUAAUAUCGACAACCCCGGUGGUAACAAGAACUGGACUUCCUUCACCCUCAAGGCCGUUGACCUUAUUAAGCCUGUUGGCUGCAAGUACUAUGCCAUCCAGCCUGGCGAGUAA